AUGGCCAUGGCAAAAUUACUUGGUGCUUUGAUCUUGAUCCUCAUUGCAAUUUCCAUGCUUCAAACAAUGGUUAUGGCUUCUCAUGGACAUGGAGGCCACCACUACAAUGACAAGACAAAAUAUGGACCUGGAAGUCUUAAGAGUUACCAAUGCCCAUCACAAUGUUCAAGAAGGUGCAAAAUGACCCAAUACCACAAGCCAUGCAUGUUUUUUUGUCAGAAGUGUUGUAAUAAAUGCUUGUGUGUGCCUCCGGGGUAUUAUGGAAAUAAAGCUAUAUGUCCUUGCUACAACAAUUGGAAGACUCAACAAGGAGGACCAAAAUGCCCUUAA